AUGGAGGUUUUUGCUUUGGACCAGGAGUUUUUCCUGGUUAAAGUGGGAAGCGAUCAAGACUUCUACAAGGCCCUGUCGGACGGACCCUGGGUAAUCUUCGACCACUACCUAGUUGUUCAGCAAUGGACGCCGGCCUUUAGAGUAACGGACAAGCUACCGAACACGAUGGUCGUUUGGGUGCAAUUCCCUGGUUUUCCAGUUCAUUUCUACCACAAAGAUCUGCUGUUCUCACUAGGGAAUCUCAUCGGGAGGGCAAUUAAGUUGGAUUUUCACACUCUGCAUCAAGAUCGGACAAGAUUUGCAAGAAUAGCUGUGGAAGCUGACCUGUCGAGACCUUUGGUUCCAAGAAUUCGGUUGGACGGGAAAUGGCAAAAAGUGGAAUUUGAGAAUCUUCCGUGCGUUUGCUUCGAAUGUGGAAGGAUGGGACAUACGAAAGUUACCUGUCCGACCCUGUGCCAGGCUCAAGCUAUCCCCGGCGUGGCGGAAACCUCCUUGACGACGACAAGCAUCGUCGGAGAGAAGUCACCGGAGACUGACUCCGGAUUUGGUCCCUGGAUGCUCGUUACGAGGAAAUCACGCCGCAAUCAACGUGAAUUACCAAACCAGGGACGGGCGGUUCAGACAGGAGGAUCCAGCAACGACACAACUAGUGGGCAGAUCGGGAAAGAGGCUGUGGCUAGCAUGGAAAGGCCAGAGAAGUUGCCAAAUCAAGCGAGUGCGAGGAGUCAUCAACGGCACCAAGCAACACGACCACAAAAUCAAGGAAAACAGGGGGGAGCCAGAACAAGAAUGGGAAAGGGGAGAAAAAAGGUAAGGAGAUAG